CCGCACACAGGCAAGCAGAGGUUACCCGGUGCAUCAUGUUUGAACGCCGAUAAUCAAUUACAGAUAUACAUGCGUGUGCUGCCGUGUCCCCCAUAGCCUCACCGGGCUGAAGCAGAGCAUCUUCGCUGCUACUCUCAUUAUUUCCAGGAGCCCGUCGACACCGUGCGGGGCUGAGGGCGCAACUGGACGGACAAUCGCACCCGGACCACUGAGAGGGUUCGGAUGAGGUGGCUGAUCGGGCUGUUUGCUUCCAGAAAUCCAGCCAACUUUUCACCGAUUCCCUUCUAACAGCAGUGCCGUCGGGCAUUGCUCAGGAGAUGGCGAUGAGGCUGCUCUGCAUGGGAUUUAUACUCAGCCUGGGGAUCUCGUCUCCUAACGGUGCCACCGUAGCUCCCAAACUGGACGACCAUCCGAAGACCUGCAGCUCCAAGCAGUUUGUCUGUAAGGACCAGGUCACCUGUAUCUCCAAAGGAUGGCGCUGUGAUGGAGAGAAGGACUGUCCAGAUGGCUCGGACGAAUCGCCAGAUAUCUGCUCUCACAACAGGGUGAAUCAGUGUCCCGUCAAUGAACAUGGCUGCCUGGACGUGGACGUCUGCAUCCACAUGAGCAAACUGUGUGACGGCGUCCCGGACUGCUCGGACGGCUGGGACGAGGGCCCUCACUGCAGAGAAAAAGCACCAGACUGUGCCUCCCAUGGGUGCCAGUUCCACUGUGCGGUGACUCACGACGGCCCUCGUUGCUACUGCAGACAUGGUUACGAAGUCGCUGCAGAUGGAAAGACGUGUAAAGAUUUCAAUGAGUGCAGUGUUUAUGGGACGUGCAGUCAGACGUGCACAAACACCAACGGUUCGUACACCUGCAGCUGUGUGGAAGGCUACCUGCUUCAGCCGGACAACCGCUCCUGCAAAGCCAAGAACGACCCCGUGGAUCGUCCCCCCGUGCUGCUGAUCGCCAACCUCCACGACAUCAGAUGCACGUCUCUGAGCGGCACCACGUCCCGCCUGCCCUCCAUCCCCACCAAGCAGACCAUGGCCAUGGACUUCAUCUACGCCGAGCAGACGGUCUGCUGGAUCGAUGUGGGGGACACGCCCGCCGCCACCCAGCUGAAGUGCGCCAGCAUCCAAGACCUGAAGAACGUCGGCAACAUCCGCACCAUCAACAUCUCCCUCAGCUUGCACCAUGUGGAGCAGAUGGCCAUAGACUGGCUGACUGGAAAUUUCUACUUUGUGGAUGACGUGGACGACCGAGUGUUUGUUUGCAACAAGGACGGCAAGACGUGUGUGACCCUGCUGGAUCAGGAGCUGUACAACCCUAAAGGCAUCGCCUUGGAUCCAGCCAUGGGGAAAGUGUUUUUCACGGACUACGGCUCCACUCCGAGGGUGGAGCGCUGCGACAUGGACGGUCAGAACCGCACCAAGCUGGUGGACAGUAAAAUCGUCUUCCCCCACGGCAUCACCCUGGACCUGGUGAACCGGCUGGUGUACUGGGCCGACGCCUACCUGGAUUACAUCGAAGUGGUCGACUACGAGGGCAAGAACCGACACACCAUCAUCCAGGGUCUGCUGAUUGAGCACCUGUACGGACUGACAGUGUUUGAGAACUAUCUUUAUGCGACAAACUCUGACGAAGGCAACCUGAAUCCCAAGACCAGCGUGAUUCGAGUGAACCGCUUCAACAGCUCCGACUUCCAGGUGGUCGCUCGGUUAGACCGAGGAGCCGCGCUGCACGUCUACCACCAGAGACGACAGCCUCAAGUUCGCAGCCACGCGUGUGCGCUGGAUCAGUUUGGAAAGGCCGGCGGCUGCUCUGACAUCUGUCUGCUGAGCAACAGUCACAAGACCCGAACCUGCCGCUGCCGCUCGGGGUUCAGUCUGGGGAGCGAUGGCAAAUCCUGCAAGAAGCCAGACCACGAGCUCUUCCUGGUGUACGGUAAGGGCCGUCCUGGGAUUAUCAGGGGCAUGGACAUGAAUGCAAAGGUGCCUGAUGAGUACAUGAUCCCCAUUGAGAACCUAAUGAACCCCCGAGCUCUGGAUUUCCAUGCCGCCAGUGAAUUCAUCUACUUUGCUGAUGCCACCAGCUACAUUAUUGGCCGACAGAAGAUCGACGGUACAGAGAGGGACACCAUACUAAAAGAGGGUAUCCACACAGUGGAGGGGAUCGCGGUAGACUGGAUGGGAGGUAAUCUCUACUGGACAGACGACGGGCCUAAAAAGACUAUCAGUGUGGCCAGGCUGGAGAAGGCUUCACAGACCCGCAAGACUCUCAUCGAGGGCAAAAUGAGCCACCCUCGGGCCAUUGUUGUGGAUCCCCAGCAUGGCUGGAUGUACUGGACCGACUGGGAGGAGGAUCCCACAGAGAGCAACAGAGGGAAGAUCAAGAAGGCUUGGAUGGACGGUUCGCACCACCAGGUGUUUCUGACCAGCAAGACGGUGCUGUGGCCGAACGGCUUGAGCCUCGACAUUCCUCAGGGCAUCUUAUAUUGGGUGGACGCUUACUACGACCGCAUUGAGCUGGUUUAUCUCAACACCACUGAGCGAAAGGUUGUGUAUGAGGGGCAGGAGCUUAAUCACGCCUUUGGCUUGUGCCAUUAUAAACAAUUCCUCUUCUGGAACGAAUACCGCGGAGGCAGCAUCUACAAACUGGACCAGGUCACUAAAACCGUCACUUUACUGCGCAACGAGCGGCCGCCCAUCUUUGAGAUCAGAGUUUAUGACGCACACCAGCAGCAAGGCUCCAAUGCGUGUCGAGUUAAUAAUGGAGGGUGCAGCAGUCUGUGUCUCGCUAUUCCCGAUGGGCAGUCCUGCGGCUGCGCCGACGAUCAAAUCCUCGAUGUCGAUAACGUCACCUGUAAAGCCAACCCCUCCUACAUGCCGCCGCCGCAGUGCCAGCCCGGGGAGUUCGCCUGCAAGAACAACCGCUGCAUCCAAGAGCGCUGGAAGUGUGACGGGGACAACGAUUGUCUGGACAACAGCGACGAGGCCCUCGACCUCUGCCACCAGCACACCUGCCCAGCCGAUCGGUUUAAAUGCCAGAACAACCGCUGCAUCCCCCUGCGGUGGCUGUGUGACGGAGACAAUGACUGCGGCAACGACGAGGACGAGUCCAACACGACCUGCUCUGCCCGCACAUGCCCACCCAACCAGUACCCGUGUGCCAGCGGGCGCUGUAUCCCCAUCUCCUGGACAUGUGACCUGGAUGACGACUGUGGAGACCGCUCCGAUGAACCGGACUCGUGUGCGUAUCCCACCUGCUUCCCUCUAACCCAGUUCACCUGUGCCAACGGGCGCUGCAUCAACAUCAACUGGCGCUGCGACAACGGUGAGCAGAAUCUUUCUUUGCCUUGUAUGAAAUUUGUUUAUAGUCCGGUGGGUGAGGUUAAACUUUUUGGGUCUGUUUCCUGUGCAGACAACGAUUGCGGGGACAACAGUGACGAGGCGGGCUGCAGCCACUCUUGCUCCAGCGUCCAGUUUAAAUGCAACAGCGGCCGCUGCAUCCCGGAGUACUGGACCUGCGACGGCGACAAUGACUGCGGAGACUACAGCGACGAGACCCACGCCAACUGCACCAACCAGGCAACGCGUCCUCCGGGCGGCUGCCACGUCGACGAGUUCCAGUGCCGCAUGGACGGCCUGUGCAUCCCCAUGCGCUGGCGCUGCGACGGCGACACCGACUGCAUGGACCUGAGCGACGAGAACAACUGUGAGGGCGUCACGCACAUGUGCGACCCGGCCGUCAAGUUUAGCUGCAGAGACUCCGCCCGCUGCAUCAGCAAGGCCUGGGUGUGUGACGGCGACAGUGACUGUGAGGACAACUCGGACGAGGACAACUGCGAGGCGUUGGUGUGCAAGUUGUCCCAUCACAUGUGUGCUACCAACGACUCCAUCUGCCUGCCCGCCGAGAAGCUGUGCGACGGCACCGACGAUUGUCCCGAUGGAUCAGAUGAGAAACUUUGUGAUUUGUGUUCCUUGGACAAUGGAGGCUGCAGUCACAAUUGCAGCAUCAUCCCUGGGGAGGGCUACAUGUGCUCUUGUCCUCUGGGGAUGGAGCUGGGAGCCGACAACAAGACCUGUCAGAUCCAGAGUUUCUGCGCCAAACACCUCAAGUGUAGUCAGAAGUGUGAGCAAGAAAAAUCCAGCGUGAAAUGCUCCUGCUACAAGGGCUGGGAGCUGGAGUCCGACAUGGAGAGCUGCAAAAGCACCGAUCCCUUCAAGCCGUUCAUCAUCUUCUCCAAUCGCCACGAGAUCAGACGGAUCGACCUUCACAAGGGGGAGUUCAGUGUGCUGGUGCCGGGCCUGAGGAACACCAUCGCCUUAGACUUCCACCUCAACCAGAGCACCCUGUACUGGACCGACGUGGUGGAGGACAAGAUCUACCGAGGGAAGCUGUCCGAUAAUGGAGCCCUGACCAGUCUGGAGGUGGUGAUCCAGUACGGACUGGCCACUCCGGAGGGCCUGGCCGUGGACUGGAUAGCAGGGAACAUCUACUGGGUGGAGAGCAACCUGGACCAGAUUGAGGUGGCCAGGCUGGACGGGACCAUGAGAACCACGCUGUUGGCUGGAGAAGUGGAGCACCCCCGGGCCAUCGCCCUGGACCCCCGUGAUGGCAUUCUGUUUUGGACCGACUGGGAUGCGAGUCUGCCCAGGAUCGAGGCGGCUUCGAUGAGCGGCGAAGGCAGGCGCACCAUCCACAGGGAGACGGGCAGCGGCGGCUGGCCCAACGGACUCACUGUGGACUACAUGGAGAGACGCAUCGUCUGGAUUGAUGCCAGGUCGGAUGCGAUCUACUCUGCCAUGUAUGACGGUUCUGGGCUGAUCGAGGUGCUCCGGGGUCACGAGUACUUGGCCCACCCGUUUGCUGUCACCAUGUAUGGAGGCGAGGUGUACUGGACAGACUGGAGGACCAACACUCUGGCCAAAGCUAACAAGUGGACGGGACACAACGUCACCGUGGUGCAGCGCACCAACACACAGCCCUUCGACUUACAGGUUUAUCACCCGUCAAGGCAGCCGGAGGCUCCGAACCCCUGCGCCUCCGUUGACGGCAGAAGCCCUUGCUCCCACCUUUGCCUCAUCAACUUCAACCAGACCUUCUCUUGCGCCUGCCCUCACCUCAUGAAGCUGCAGGCCGACAAGCGCACCUGCAAAGAGUCCCGCAAGUUCCUCCUCUACGCUCGUCAGAUCGAGAUCCGAGGCGUGGACAUCGACAACCCGUACUACAACUACAUCAUCUCCUUCACCGUGCCGGACAUCGACAACGUGACGGUGGUGGAUUACGACGCCGUGGAGCAUCGCAUCUACUGGUCAGACGUGCGCACGCAGACCAUCAAGAGAGCUUUUAUCAACGGCACCGGAGUGGAGACGGUUGUGUCAGCGGACCUUCCCAACGCUCACGGGCUGGCGGUCGACUGGGUGUCCAGGAACCUCUUCUGGACCAGCUACGAUGCCAAUAAGAAGCAGAUCAACGUGGCCCGGCUGGACGGAUCUUUCAAGAACGCCGUCAUCCAGGGUUUGGACAAGCCCCACUGCCUGGUGGUCCACCCUCUGCUCGGGAAGCUUUACUGGACUGACGGCGACAACAUCAGCAUGGCCAACAUGGACGGCAGCAACAGCACCACGCUCUUCACCAAUCAGAAGGGCCCAGUGGGUCUCUCUAUUGACUAUGAGAAUGAGCAGCUGUACUGGAUCAGUUCAGGAAACAGCACCAUUAACCGCUGUCAGCUGGACGGCUCCAAACUGGAAAUCCUGGAAGGCACUAAAGGAAAACUCAUAAAAGCGACUGCACUAGCUAUCAUGGGAGACAAGCUGUGGUGGGCGGACCAGGGAACAGACCAGAUAGGAACGUGUGACAAGAAGGAUGGCGGAAACUGGAAGGUUCUGCGAAACAACACAUCUCCUAUGAUGCACAUGAGGAUCUAUGAUGAGGAUGUGCAAAAAGCUGGUAUCAAUUUGUGCAGCAACAACAAUGGAGACUGCUCUCAGCUGUGCCUGCCCACCUCCCCAACAACCAGGGCCUGCAUGUGCACGGCAGGAUACAGCCUGAAAACCGGGCAGCAGUCCUGUGAAGGUAUGGGCUCCUUCCUGCUUUACUCUGUUCACGAGGGAAUCAGAGGAAUUCCUCUCGACCCAGCGGACAAAUCGGAUGCCUUGGUGCCGGUGUCCGGCACCUCGCUGGCCGUCGGCAUCGAUUUCCACGCUGAGAAUGACACCAUCUACUGGGUGGACAUGGGCCUGAGCACCAUCAGCAGGGCCAAGAGGGACCAGACCUGGAGAGAGGACGUGGUGACCAACGGCAUCGGCAGAGUGGAGGGCAUCACUGUAGACUGGAUCGCAGGGAACAUUUACUGGACCGAUCAGGGCUUCGAUGUCAUCGAGGUGGCCCGGCUGAACGGCUCCUUCCGCUAUGUGGUCAUUUCCCAGGGCCUGGACAAACCCAGAGCCAUCACCGUCCACCCGGUGAAAGGGUAUCUGUUCUGGACUGAGUGGGGUCAGUACCCUCGGAUUGAACGCUCGCGGCUGGACGGCUCUCAGAGGCUGGUGCUGGUCAACGUCAGCAUCAGCUGGCCCAACGGGAUCUCCGUCGACUACAAGGAGGGUCUGCUGUAUUGGUGCGACGCUCGGACGGACAAGAUCGAGCGCAUUAACCUUGAGACAGGAGAAAACAGGGAGCUGGUUCUGGCCAACAACAACAUGGACAUGUUUGCCGUGUCUGUAUUUGAGGAAUACAUCUACUGGAGCGACAGGACUCACGCCAACGGAUCCAUUAAGAGAGGCAGCAAAGACAACGCCACAGACGCUGUGCAGCUCCGGACAGGCAUCGGUGUGCAGCUGAAAGACAUCAAAGUGUUCAACCGGGCCCGGCAGCAAGGUACAAACAUCUGCAAAGACAACAACGGCGGCUGCGAGCAGCUGUGCCUGUACCGCGGGAACGGGGAGCGCACCUGCGCCUGCGCUCACGGCAUGCUGGCGGAGGACAACCGCAGUUGCCGCGACUACGACGGAUACCUGCUGUACUCGGAGCGCACCAUCCUGAAGAGCAUCCACCUCUCCGACGAGACCAACCUCAACGCGCCCAUCAAGCCGUUCGAGGACCCCGACCACAUGAGGAACGUCAUCGCCCUCAGCUUCGACUACCACGGGGGAGGCGGGAAGGGCGCCAACCGCAUCUUCUUCAGCGACAUCCACUUUGGCAACAUCCAGCAGAUCAACGACGACGGCACCGACCGCAAGAUGGUGGUCGACAAUGUGGGGUCGGUGGAGGGCCUGGCGUACCACCGCGGUUGGGAUACACUCUACUGGACCAGUUAUACAACCUCCACCAUCACUCGCCACACUGUGGACCAGAGCCGCUCUGUGGCCUACAACCGCAACACCGUCGUCACCAUGUCUGGAGAGGACCACCCCAGAGCCUUUGUGCUGGACGAGUGUCAGGACCUCAUGUUCUGGACCAACUGGAACGAGCAGGCUCCCAGCAUCAUGAGGGCGUCUCUGAACGGCGCCAACGUGCUCAUUAUCAUCGGCAGCGACAUCAAGACUCCCAACGGCCUCGCCAUCGAUCACCGCGCCGAGAAGCUCUACUUCUCCGACGCCACGCUGGACAAGAUCGAGCGCUGCGAGUACGACGGGAGCAACCGAUACGUCUUGUUGAAGAACGAGCCCGUUCAUCCGUUCGGCCUCGCCGUGUAUGGAGAUUACAUCUUCUGGACCGACUGGGUGAGGAGGGCGGUGCUCAGAGCCGACAAGUACACAGGAGGAGACAUGAAGGUGCUGCGGGCCGACAUCCCGCAGCAGCCGAUGGGCAUCAUCGCUGUGGCGAAUGACACCAACAGCUGUGAGUUCUCACCUUGCCGGACAAAUAACGGCGGUUGCCAGGACCUGUGUCUGCCCACGUCGGACGGACGGGUCAACUGCAGCUGUCGAGGAGACAUGCAGCUCCUGGAGGACAACACCUGCUCCUCGCUGAACGUGUCGUGCGGAAGCGUCGACGACUUCGAGUGCGGAAACGGCGACUGCAUCAACUACAGCCUGACGUGUGACGGGAUGGCGCACUGCAAGGACAAGUCUGACGAGAAGCAGUCCUACUGCGCCAAUCGUAUUUGUAAGAAAGGCUACAGACGCUGCAUGAACGGCCGCUGCAUCGGCCACCAGUUCUGGUGCGACGGCACCGACGACUGUGGCGACCACUCGGACGAACUGCCCUGCAACAUGACACUGUGCAAAGUGGGAGAGUUCCAGUGCAAAGACGGAAGCUGCAUCUCCAACUACAGCCGCUGUGACCAGGUGGUCAACUGCGAGGACGCAAGCGAUGAGAUGAACUGCCAACCCACAGAUUGUUCCCGUUUCUUCCGCCUUGGAGUCAAAGGAGCCUCCUUCCAGAGCUGUGAGAAAACCACCUUGUGUUAUCUGUCCUCCUGGGUGUGUGACGGGAACAACGACUGCGGAGACUUUUCUGAUGAGAGAAACUGCCCAGAUAAAAGGAAGCUGAAAUGCCCGGUCAACUUCUUCGCUUGUCCCAGCGGCCGCUGCAUUCCUAUGAGCUGGACCUGCGAUAAGGAGAAUGACUGUGAGAACGGCGCUGAUGAGACACACUGCGACAAGUUUUGUACGUCCACCCAGUUUGAAUGUGGGAACCACCGCUGCAUUUCCAGCCACUGGGUGUGUGACGGCUCUGAUGACUGUGGCGAUGGCUCAGAUGAGGACCAGAAAUGCAAGUCCAAGACCUGCAGUCCUGAAGCCUUCCAGUGUCCCGGAUCCCACAUGUGUGUGCCUCAGCGCUGGAAGUGUGAUGGAGAUAAGGACUGUCCUGAUGGAGCGGACGAGAGCGUGAAGGCUGGCUGCUUGUACACAAACAACACCUGCGAUCUGGAGAAUGAGUUCAUGUGCCAGAACAGAGACUGCAUCCCCAAGCACUUUGUGUGCGAUCAUGACAUCGACUGCUCCGACGGCUCAGACGAAUCCCCAGAAUGUGAAUACCCAACGUGUGGGCCGGAUGAGUUUCGCUGUGCGAACGGUCGCUGCCUCAACCAGAAGAAGUGGGAGUGUGACGGAGAGUUCGACUGUCAGGACCGAUCGGACGAAGCUCCCAAGAACCCCCACUGCACUGACUCAGAGAAUGCCUGCUUUGACGACGACUUCACCUGCCACAAUGGGAAGUGCUUGAGCGAGAACCUGCUGUGCGACCGCAACGACGACUGCGGCGACGGCUCCGACGAGCUCAACUGCUUCAUCAACGAGUGUCUCAACAGCAAGCUGAGCGGCUGCUCGCAGCUCUGCGACGACCUCAAGAUCGGAUUCAAGUGCAGGUGUCAUCCUGGUUUCCAGCUGAAGCGCGAUGGGAAGACAUGUGUGGAUAUAGACGAGUGCACAACCACCUACCCCUGCUCCCAGCGCUGCAUCAACACACAUGGCAGCUUCCACUGUCUGUGCGUGGACGGCUUUGAACUCAGCCCCAAUGACCCCACCAUCUGCAAGUCCACGUCGGAAGAGGAGCCGUUCCUGAUCUUUGCCAACCGGUAUUACCUGAGGAAACUGAACCUGGACGGCUCGAACUACACUCUGAUAAAGCAGGGCUUGAAUAACGCCGUUGCGCUGGACUUCCACUACGCAGAGCAGAUGAUCUACUGGACAGACGUGACGACUCAGGGCAGCAUGAUCCGACGCAUGCGAAUGAACGGCAGCGACAUGGAGGUUUUGCACCGAACCUCUCUGAGUAAUCCGGACGGCCUGGCGGUGGACUGGGUGGGUGGGAACUUGUACUGGUGCGAUAAAGGCCGGGACACCAUAGAGGUGUCUAAACUGAACGGGGUCUACCGCACAGUGCUGGUGAACAGCGGUCUGAGGGAGCCGCGGGCCGUGGCUGUGGACGUACGCUACGGAUAUCUGUACUGGUCGGACUGGGGGGAUAACCCUCACAUCGGGAGGAUCGGGAUGGAUGGCACCAACAGAAGCGUCAUCGUGGAGGAUAAGAUCACCUGGCCGAACGGACUGACGCUGGACUUCAUCAACGACCGGAUCUACUGGGCCGACGCCAGGGAGGACUACAUUGAGUUUGCCAGCCUGGAUGGCACGAACAGACACACAGUUCUCAGCAGCGACAUCCCGCACAUCUUUGCCAUGACGCUGUUUGAGGAGUACAUCUACUGGACCGACUGGGAGACCAAGUCCAUCAACAGAGCCCAUAAGACUCUGGGUACCAAUAAGACCACCCUGAUCAGCACGCUGCAUCGACCCAUGGACAUUCACAUUUACCAUCCGUACCGCCAGCCUGAAGUGCUCAACCAUCCGUGCCAGACCAACAAUGGCGGCUGCAGUAACCUCUGCCUGCUUUCUCCUGGGGGAGGCUACAAGUGUGCCUGUCCCACCAACUUCUACCUGGCCAGUGAUCAGCGCACUUGCAUGUCGAACUGCACAGCGAGUCAGUUUGUGUGCAAGAACGACAAGUGCAUUCCUUUCUGGUGGAAAUGUGACACCGAGGACGACUGUGGGGAUCGAUCAGACGAGCCGGCAGACUGCCCCGUGUUCAAAUGCCGGCCAGGACAGUUUCAGUGCGGUACGGGCAUCUGCACCAACCCGGCCUACAUCUGUGACGGAGACAACGACUGCCAGGACAACUCGGAUGAGGCCAACUGCGAUAUUCACGUCUGCCUGCCCAGCCAGUUCAAGUGCUCCCACCCCAGCCGCUGCAUCCCGGGCAUCUUCCGCUGCAACGGCCAGGACAACUGCGGAGAAGGGGAGGAUGAGAAGGACUGUCCGGAGGUCACGUGCGCGCCCACCCAGUUCCAGUGCGCCAUCACCAAACGCUGCAUCCCUCGAGUCUGGGUGUGCGACCGCGACAAUGACUGCGUGGACGGAUCGGACGAACCCGCCAACUGCACCCAAAUGACCUGCGGCGUGGACGAGUUCCGCUGUAAAGACUCCGGCCGCUGCAUCCCCGCCCGCUGGAAGUGUGACGGCGAGGACGACUGCGGAGACGCUUCAGACGAACCGAAGGAGGAGUGCGCUGAAAGAACGUGCGAGCCGUACCAGUUCAGGUGUAAAAACAACCGCUGCGUGCCGGGCCGCUGGCAGUGCGACUACGACAACGACUGCGGAGACAACUCGGAUGAAGACAAGUGCAUGCCUCGCCAGUGUUCAGAGAGUGAGUUUGCGUGCACAAACGGCCGCUGCAUUGCUGGAAGGUGGAAGUGCGACGGAGACCAUGACUGUGCGGACGGAUCUGAUGAGCACGACUGUGAUCUGAAGUGUGACAACGACCAGUUCCAGUGUAAGAACGGACACUGUAUCCCGAUCCGCUGGCGGUGUGACGCUGAUCCCGACUGCCUGGACGGCAGCGACGAAGAAAACUGUGACAGCGCUGCUGGGCGGCACUGCCCUCUGGAUGAGUUCCAGUGUAACAACACUCUGUGCAAACCUCUGGCCUGGAAGUGUGACGGCGAGGACGACUGCGGAGACAACUCGGACGAGAACCCCGACGAGUGCCGGAAGUUCCAGUGUCCGCCCACCCGAGCUUUCCGCUGCCAGAACGACCGGGUGUGUCUCAAAGUGUCCAAGAGGUGCGACGGAGUGGAUAACUGCGGCGACAAAUCCGAUGAACUGAACUGCCCGACGACGCCGGCUGUUCCCACCUGUGAGAAAGACGAGUUUCUGUGUUCCAACGGCAAAUGCAUCAGCUCCACUCUGCCCUGUAACUUCUUCAACGACUGUGAGGACUACGGAUCGGAUGAGAUCAACUGCAAAACAGACACGAAGCUGAACGACUGCCGGAGCAACAGGACUCAGUGUGGAGACGGAGACGAGGCUCACUGCGUGGUUAACGGCACCGACUCCUUCUGCUCCUGCAAACCGGGCUUCCAGAAGACCGGACACCGCACCUGUGGAGAUAAGAACGAGUGUCUGCAGUUCGGAGUGUGUUCACACAUCUGCAACAACACCAAAGGCUCCUACAAAUGCAGCUGCCACAAACAUUUCACCAGGAUCCACGACACCUGCAAGGCCGACAGCCUGAACAGCAGUCGACAGAUUCUCUACAUCGCCGAUGACAAUGAAAUCAGAAGUCUGGACCCCGGCGUGCACAACGGCCGCUACGAGCAGACCUUCCAGGGCGACGCCAGCGUGCGCAUCGACGCCAUGGACCUGCACGUCAAGACCAACCGCAUCUUCUGGACCAACUGGCACACGGGCCGCAUCUCCUCCUACGUGCUUCCAGACCCGUCUUCGCUGUCCCGCAACUCCGACACCAGCCAGCACCGGAACGAGGACAGGAUCACCAACCUGCAGAUCAAGGAGCUGAAGAUGCCCCGGGGAAUCGCUGUGGACUGGGUGGCUCUGAACCUCUACUGGACCGACUCCGGGCGAGACGUCAUCGAAGUCGCUCCGAUGUCGGGUCACCACUGCAAAACCCUCAUUUCCGGCAUGAUAGACGAGCCUUACGCCAUCGUAGUGGAUCCUCAGAGAGGGACCAUGUACUGGGCCGACUGGGGGAACCACCCGAAAAUCGAGACAGCCGCCAUGGACGGCACGCUCAGACAGACUCUGGUCCAUGAGAACAUCCAGUGGCCCACAGGUCUGGCUGUUGAUUACUUCAAUGAGCGUCUAUACUGGGCAGAUGCUAAACUUUCCGUGAUCGGCAGCGUCCGUCUGGAUGGCUCCGAUCCCGUCAUCGCUGUUUCUGGCAUCAAGAACAACCUGCAGCAUCCCUUCAGCAUCGAUGUGUUUGAGGACUACAUCUAUGGGGUCACUUAUAUAAACAACUUCGUCUUCCGGGUCAACAAGUUUGGCAAAGGCCCCAUGGAGAACCUCACCACAGGCAUUAACCACGCCACCGACAUCGUGCUGUACCACCGCUACAAGCAGCCAGAGAUGUUUAAUCCGUGCGACAGGAAGAAGUGUGAGUGGCUGUGCCUGCUCAGCCCCAGCGGCCCGGUGUGCACCUGCCCCAAUAACUACGUCGCCGAUAACGGCACCUGUGUGGAGCGGCCGACCCCCACCCAGUCGCCGUUCUCCCCGCCCUCGGGACCCUGCAAUAUUCAGUGUCAGAACGGCGGGAGCUGCUUCCUCAACGCCCGGCAGGUGGCCAAGUGUCGCUGCCAGCCCAGCUACACUGGAGAGAGAUGUGAGAUCAACCAGUGCAGAGACUACUGCAAGAAUGGAGGCACCUGCACCGCCUCUCACACAGGCGCACCGACCUGCAGAUGCCCGAAGGGCUUCACUGGUCCCAACUGUAACCUGUACACCUGUCAGGACUACUGCGUGAACGGAGGCAACUGCUCGGUCAACAUGGGCAACCAGCCCACCUGCAGCUGUCUGCCAGAGUACCAAGGAGAUCGCUGCCAGUACAGUAAAUGUGAAGGCUUCUGCCAGAAUGGAGGGACUUGCCUGCAGACCUCUAACGGAACCAAACUCUGCCGGUGUCCGACUCAGUUCAUCGGGCUCCAGUGUGAGUUGGACAAGUGUCUGUUCUGCGGCAUGGACGGGAAGUGCCUGACCUCCUCCUCGGGGCAGGUUUCCUGCAGCUGUCCGAACGGCCAUACCCAGCCCAGCUGCUACUCCUGUUUGGACUACUGCACAAACGGACAGUGUUCAGUCGACUCUCGCACGUUACUGCCUCAGUGCAAGUGUCCUUCUGGAUGGAGGGGAUACAGAUGUGAAAUCUCCGCUGCUUCUGUAGAUUCUGCAGAAUCCAGUGGAAGUACUGCCUCCAUCGUCAUCCCAGUGCUCCUGCUGCUGCUGCUGGCGGUGCUGGUGGUUGGUGCCAUCUUGUGGUACAAGCGAAGAAUGCGCGGAGCUAAGGGCUUCCAGCACCACCGGAUGACGAACGGAGCCAUGAAUGUUGAGAUCGGGAACCCGGCCUAUAAGAUCUAUGAAGGAGACCCCGAUGACGACGCCGGGGAGCUCCUGGAUUCAGACUUUGCUUUGGACCCAGACAAGCCCACCAACUUCACCAACCCGGUGUACGCCACCCUCUACAUGGGCGCCCACAACAGCCGCAACUCUCUGGCCAGCACUGACGAAAAGAAGGAGCUGCUCUCCCAGGGCGACGAGGACAUGAGCGACCCGCUGGCGUAGAGCGCGGCCCGGAAUGAACUCUGCCGACGUCGCCCCGCCUCGCCUCGCCUCGCAGCGCUCUCAUCUUAUGCCUUUACCAACCGAAAAGAAAAGCAACAAGAAAGCGAGAACACUGUAUAAAAUGUAUAAAAUGAAGGACUACUUUUUUAAAGUGAUUGCAGUAUUAUAUUUUGUUCUUUUGACAAAAAAAAAAAGAGAAAAAAAUUCCUCUGGUGACGGAAAAGGAACCAUUUUAUAGACAUUUAUUCAGUUCUUUUUAAUUUUCGCUCACUUCCUCACAACUUCCCCUCCUCUCUCACGCAUA